GUACAAAAUAGUGGUUAAGAUGGCGAGCUCGGCGAGUGUUCCAAGUGAUAUAUAUCCACAUAUUUACUCUUUUUUAUUGCAAAACAAUCUGCUCAAAACCGCCAAAGCUUUUAAAGCGGAGACAUUAGUGGUAAGUCUGUCUUCCUUGAGAUAACUGAUUUAUAAAUCGCUCUGCUGAGUGGAUUGUUUCUCUUAAUGUUCCGUAAAUUUUAAAGAGUUGUACACGUGCAUGUAUCGAAAGGAAGUUCUGUGUUGUUACCGACAUGUUGCUUUACUUCUGACGAUAUGUUGAACAAAUCGAAAAACGGCGAUGAUAAUGACAUGCUAACAGAAAUUACAGGAAUCAAACUGCACUGUGACCGUUAGAUUUUCAACUUUCCUUGAUAAAUUUACUGAUUAUGUUGUGAACACAGUACACGUGCAUGGCACGAUGAAAUUGCGAAACUGCUGUCAGUAUUAGGUUCGACAAACGUUGUCUUUUAGCCUCUCCGAUCUGAUUCUUUGACGAGAAAGACCACGCGCCCGAGCACACCUACAAAACAAAGACUAUACCUUGGCAAAGAUUUUUUGUAUGAUACAAUUGCACUUUAAGAUGUACGGGCUUAUUUUCCCUCUUUCGAUUUACGGAUUGUCGAUUACAUGUAAUCAGAAACAUUAAAUGCAAAGAGCCCUCUAACUUUUAGAUUUUAUAUCAGUGGCUCUCAGUUCAAAACUGUCUAUGUGCAGUUGUCAGUAGAAUGUCACUGGAUUAGGCCAGUGCCUUUUAUACUGGGCCUUUCAUACAGUGCCUUUCGUUACAAGGCCCAGCCAUAAAAAAGGCAGAUUAAGCCAGUCAUCGGAUAAAUAUCUAUCCUGCAGAUAAGUAAUAGCAACACGUACUCUGCUAUACACCACAGAAAGAGUUAUCCCGUGGAUAGCGUUAUCCAACCUUCAAACAACUGGGGCUAGGCUUUUAUCUCCUUAUCCAGUCCUUGUGAUCAGUUUCAUGCAAAGCAAUAUUUUCCAGUUCCCUCAGCUCAUUACCACUUCAGCAAAAUUCCUAAAUCAAAUCUUUUAUUUUUUCCUCUUGUCCUGUUACUGUGGCCAAUACUACUGGAGUUCACAGCUAAGAUUGCCUGUGCAUGACUGAGCAUGCAGCUUGGUAACACUGUUUCUUUAAAGCUCUAGACUUACCUUGUUUCUUCUUUACAACAGGAUUUAUCUCGACCCCUUCAAGAAAGUGAUAUCCUUGAAUGGUUUAAGGCAUUCUUAAGGUGAGAAUUAACUGUAUUUCUUCAACCUAGCAAAGACAAUAUGGUUGGCUAGAGUAUUUUAGGGAAGCUAAUAAUUUGGGAAUGUUGUCAUUAAUUAACCUUUUCACUACUAUGACCUCAUUAUUAAUUCUCUUUACAGUCUGCCAAACAAUUUCCCUAAUGCUAGUGGGGAAAAUUUGGUUUUGGAUCAACUAAUAAUUUCCUAACAGAUAAUUUUCUCUAUUCCUUAUUCUUGUCGGCUUGAUGUUGUAUUGAUAUUGUAAGGAGAAAUUGUGUCUUGGUCACUUGUGGAAGUUAAUUAGAGGGUUAAGUAUCCCAUCUUAAAGUAGCAGAAGUUCAUUGCUUAUAAAAUUAGAAAUAGAAACUUUUGCUAUUUUUGCAUUAUAAUAUAUGUAAUUUUAUAUUUUUUUGUGGUUGUUUGUUUCUUUAGGUCCAAUCAAGCUCCUGUGAAAAGAAAAUUGAAUGGAACCAGUAAAGAACCAAAAUCGAAACAUCAAAAGACCCAAAAAUCAAGUUCAGGUGAGAUACUUGUUAUUUUUUUUUAUUUUGGUUGAUAGAAGUGCAGUUACAUGACAUGAUGAGUUACGUGCUGUUGUCUGUGGUUUUAGAAAGCAAUGUGCAGCAUAGAAAAUAUCUGGUGCUGGCAAAUUGAAAUAGUGGCUGUUAGUUCUUCUUUAGACUGGUUAAGUCCCAAAAUUGAUGAAUGUCAAAUUUAUUUAAUAGUUAAUGUCAGUAAUUUUUCAUUUCCAAAAAAAAUUUAUUCAAAUUAAUUUUGGCUUCUUUGUGAUACUGUUGUAAUAUUUUCUGUUUUUGGAACAGAGUCAUCUAGUUCUCAAGAUUCAAGCUCUGAUGAAGAUGAACCAGCAAAACCAGCAGCAAAAGUAAUUGAAAAACUUGAAAACAAACAGGCCAAGUCGAAAGAUGAAAGCUCCACUGAAUCAAGCUCUGACGAAGAUAGAGAAAAAAAGACAGCACCUGGUAAAGGUACAAUCAAGAAAACAAAGCCCAAAGAUGAAAGCUCUUCUGAAUCAAGUUCAGAGGAGGAGGGAGCAGCUAAAAAGGCAACUUCAACAAAAGUAAGUGAAAAAACAGUGAGCCAGAAGAAAAAACAAGAAGAUGAUACCUCAUCUAAGUCAAGUUCAGAGGAAGAUGAAGCAGAACAAAAUGUGACCCCUGCAAAAUUUGAUAAAAAAACAGCAAAGCAAAAGCCAAUACCCAAAGAUGAAAGCUCUUCUGAUUCAAGUUCAGAGGAAGAAGAAACUGAGAAAAAGGCAACUCCAACAAAAGCAAACAGUAAAACAGCAAGUCAGAAGAAACACCAAGAAGAUGAAAGUUCAUCUGAGUCAAGUACAGAGGAAGAAGAAACAGAGAAAAAGGCUACUCCAACAAAAGCAAACAGUAAAACAGCAAACCAUAAGACAAAACCAAAAGAUGAUAGCUCAGCUGAGUCAAGUUCAGAGGAAGAAGAUGCAGAAAAAAAGAAAACUCCUUCAAAAGUGAGUGGAAAACCAGUAAACCACAAGGCAAAGCCAAAAGAUGAUAGCUCAGCUGAGUCAAGUUCAGAGGAAGAGGAAACUAAAAAAAGAAUAAUUCCUACUAAAGCGAGUGGAAAUAAAGCAAACAAAAAGACAAAGGAAGAAGAUCAAAGCUCAUCUGAGACAAGUUCAGAAGGAGAAGAAACAGAAAAGAAAGCAACUCCAACAAAACAGAGUGGAAAAAAAGCAAAGCAGAAAAAAAGUAAACCAAAAGAUGAUGUUAGCUCAUCUGAGUCAAGUUCAGAGGAAGAGGAAACAGAGAAAAUAAAUAAAGUAGAUAACAAAAAUAACAACAAGAAAAAGGGAGACAGUUCUUCACAAUCUAGUUCAGACAAUGAUGAACCAGCUAGAAAAAAUACAAAAUCAAAAAAGGGAAAGCUGGAGAAAAGCAAAGAAAAAGAAUCAUCAGAUGACGGUUCUAGCUCAGACGAAAGUAUGGAGAUAUCAGUUGACACAUCAAAAGUAGCAAAGUCUACAAGUUCUUCCACUGAAUCAGUGAAAAAGGGAGAUAAGGAUGAUGAAAGUAUGGACACAGACAAUGAAAGUUCAAGCUCAGAUGAAGAAGAAAAGGCUAAGAAAGUUAAGAACAUAAAAGGUGCAAAAAGACAACAACAUGGAAGGGCUGCAUCUUCAGAUGAAAGUUCCAGCUCAGAUGAUGAAGAGGACACUUCAAAAGUUAAGAAUAUGAAAGGCACCCCAAAACAACAAAAUGGAAAGGCUGCAUCUUCAGAUGAAAGUUCCAGCUCAGAUGAUAAAGAGGACACUUCAAAAGGUAAGAACAUGAAAGGGACUCCAAAACAACAAAAUGGAAAGGCUUCAUCUUCAGAUGAAAGUUCCAGCUCAGAUGACAAAGAGGAGACUUCAAAAGUUAAGAACAUAAAAGGGACUCCAAAACACCAAAAUAAAAAGGCUGCAUCUUCAGAUGAUAGUUCCAGCUCAGAUGAUGAAGAGGAGACUUCUAAAGUUAAGAACAUAAAAGGGACUCCAAAACACCAAAAUGAAAAGGCUGCAUCUUCAGAUGAUAGUUCAAGCUCAGAUGAUUCUGAUGAAGGGGACAACAGUAAGUUGAAUGGAGUGGCCAAUUCCACAAAGAGCAAAGCCAAAAAGGGCACAGCUGAUGACCCACAAGGUAGUUAUGCAUGGUUUGUUCUUAGAAUUGCAGUGUACUAAGUAGUAAGAUUGUCUGAUUGACCUGGAAGCCAGCCUUGUGUAUUGGCAACAGUUCUAAUACAUCCUUUUUUGUGUGACAAUGAAAGUUUUCCUUUAAAAGCAGAAAAUUCAGAAAAAUUCUGUUUUUACUUGGUUUCAAUUUUGAAAGUCCAGGGGUUUGACUAAGAGAUAACAACUGGUUAAAUUUAGCACUUUUUUUUUCUCUGAAAUCCAUAAUAUUAACAGCAACAAAAAUCAAAUUUGAAUUACAUGUAGCUGCCUAUUUAGCAGUUUUUGCCAUUUACUUGAUACCUUGAUGAAGAGGGGGGUGAAAAGGGUUUUGCAUGAUGGAGUAUUAAGUUAUUGGUUUCAAUUUUCAAUUGAAUUGUGAAAAUACCAAAUUAAAACCCCUUGAACAGUGAAUUUCUUGCUUUUAACAAUACUUGAACCUGAAAGUUGUUUAUCCAAUUUCUCCUGAAGAGUCAUUUCUACUAUUUGAUGGGCAUGGAAUGUGUGCAAGGUCCUCCCUAUAACUCCCUAUAACCCCCUUAAUAAACCCCUGAAACUUAAAGAUUUUUUUCCAGUUCAAAAAUUCUUAAGGAUGCUUGAUUUUUAUUGACAAAGAAAAUGUUACUUUUUCGUAUAUUGGUGGAGAACCAACAAAAGAGUCAAAACAAAAUUCUUAUAAUGCAACUGACAAACCAAGUUGUUUUUGUACACAAGGCUGUUGAUACUCUUAUUUUUGCAUCAGGUUAACUAUAAGUCUUUUGUUAAUUGUUUUAACACCUCCUAGAAGUCAAUGUACAGUUUGCACACAUGCCUGACUUGACAGUGUCAGUUAUGGGUCAUAAUCCACUUUUGACAUGUAAUUUUAUGUAGUAAUUCAGCUUUUUGAAAAUGGUCUUUUAGCAUCUUCCACUCCUGCAGUUGCAAAUUCAAAACAGAAAGAAAGAAAUCAGGUGAGACUAUAAGAAACCUUGCAAUAAUCUCAUGCAAAUAUUACACUUUUAGUAACUUGUGGAAAAUUCAGAUUUUUUGUAAGAAAAGUGUAAAUGCAUAUUUAUUUGUGUGAAGUUUGCCACAUAGCCUUGCUUGGAGAUUUAAGUGUAGCACUAUUCAGAGAUGAGUCAUCAACAUAUUCAGGAACUAAAAACUAGUUUUCAUGGUAAUGCAUGGUAAUGGGCUACUGAGGAACUUGAUUUGAGGGGCAUUGCUCAGUGUAACAUUAGUGCAACUGCUGCUGAGUGUUUGAAACUUUUCUUUGAAUUGCAUAUGUGACUUAAAACAUUACCUGAUGCAUUAUAGUGACUAACUUGUACCUUUUUCCUUUCAAACGCCAACUGUUACUCACAGUAUUGACUUUUCUUAGUGCUUAUUUUGAGAUCUCCCUUUUUUUUCUCAUCCUUCCUUGUCUUGUUUUAUUUUCCUUUUUUUCCUCUUUUUUUUUUUUUUUUACUUUUUUUGUGCUCAUUUUUGUUUUUCCUUUUUCUCUCUUCAAUUCUUUCUUCUGUUCUUCUUUCUAUAACAUUUAGAACUGACAGUAGUGCUGAUACCAACAGCUGCCCACUUGAGCAAUUGCAACACUGCUAUGCAAUUUACAUAAUGCUAAUGUCAGUGAAUCAUUUUCCAUUUAGAUAAAAACACCUUUUAGAAGAGUCAGAGAAGAAGAAAUAACAGUAGACCCCAGGUUGCAGGAUAACAGUUUUGAAGCAAAGGUGAGAAAAAGAGUACAGUGUCAACAGGCACAGUCACUUUAACCCUUCAACCCCUAAGAGUGACCAGCAUCUAAUUUCUCCUUACUUAAGAAAUGUUAUUGAGAGCAGUGUGGAGAUUUAUAAUAUUAAUACUAAUAUUAAGGAGUAGAGGGUGAAAUACUCUCAUAAGCCCCCUAGGGUUGAUCAAUCCUGAGGACUCCCAGACCAGGGGAAUUAUUAGAGGGGGUGCUUAUUUUUGGAGUGGUAAGGGAAAGGAUUGAAAACUUUUUGAAAAGUGUUUAAACCUUGAUUAGUGCGAAUUGUACCGUGAACAACUUAUUCCAGAGUACAGACUGGGAGGCUACUGCAGGUGUCCAUGAUAAGAAUUGGCACACAAAGUUCAACCAGUUGUGUUUUAGUGGCCACUAUAAAAGAAUUUGAGUGAUUAAAAGAUAGAUUUUCAUUUCUUAACCUUCUGUUGCAGUACGGAUCAAGAGGAGACUGGGGCGAAAAGGCCAACAGAGACCUCAAACAAGUGAAAGGUGAGGUGAAAGUUAAAAAAAAGGAAUAGUUUACUCUUGAUCAUUAUUUCUCAAACCACCAAAAUUACUUUUGAAGGAGAAAGGGGGACUCCUUUCUAUUAGCAGCCUUUGGCAAAAAGCAAUUUCAUAAAAAGAAGCUUCAAGCAGCCCAUGAAGGCUAAAUUAUAUCCCAAAUGCAUCGAUUUACAUUUCAUUUAUCUUAAUUGAGAUAUGCAGAGGGAGAUGUAAUUUAGAUAUGCAAUUUUCAGAGCUUUAUUUUUAACCCUCAGAUUUUGUUUGUCUAAUGUCAACAAUUAUUAACCACAAACACAUAGUGUGGUCUGCCUGUGCCUAGACCUCUUGGCCCUCUUCACCCACUGUUGCAUUUCCCAGAAACAUCUGAAAUACAACACAUUCUGAAGAUGAAAAAUGCCUUGUAUGUGAAUAUUUUAACAUCAUCAAACACUAACAAUUUUGAAUUUCAAUUUUGAGGAGCAUUUAGGGAUGCUCUCCUUUUUGGAAAAUGGAAUUACAACAAAAGUAGUUGCAACUAAAACAAAAGUCAUUUCUACAUUUCUCUCUUAUUUUCAAGAAUGGGUAUGAAUUUACUUUUUUAGUAACUAUUUGUUUUUGUUCACAGGCAAGUCCUUUAGACAUGAAAAAACCAAGAAGAAGCGGGGAAGUUAUCGUGGGGGGCAAAUAAAUACUGGAAUUAACUCAAUCAAGUUUGACAGUGAUUGA